AUGGCUUGGAGAACAGAACCUGAAUUUGAACAACUUUUCAGUGACCAAGUUGACGAAGAAUCACGUACACCCACUCAAAGGCUAUUUCUCAAGCUCUACGAUCUAUACAAAGAACUGCACAAUGACCAGCAACAACUUCGAGAAGGCCAGAACCACAUCACUCGGUUAUGCGUCGCCUUAAGUUCCUUAUCCAACCUGGUAUACUUGGAGGUUAAUGAUGUCAGAAAUAAUGGAGGCCUGGAGCACUUGGAUGCUGCUGACUUUGCCCAUACUGGAUAUGAUGAUACAAUACUGCAACACUUCAGCCCUAUCUUGCGCAAGUCGAGGUGGUGUGGCUCUUUCAAGACAAUUCAUACUGCAACCCCACCCGUCGAGAUGAUCGGGACAUUGUGCUCUGAACUUGCUGACAAAGGUCUGAGACCUAGGAUAAUUCGUCUCCGCUUAGUCCCUCCGCCUAGUAUGCAAGCCUGGAAACCAUCUCUAUUGCAGCAGAGUGGAUUAAAGAGUCUGGUCUCUCAAACCACGAAACUAAAAUUAUAUGUGGACUUCGAGGCACGGAGCUUUGAGCUUAAGGAAAACCCUAGGCACGAGAUGCUUGCACUUUGCUCUAUCACUCAGUCCUUUUUGAGCGCACCUCAUCUUGAGGAUACGCAUGUUGAGUUUAUUGGCUACCCUCGGCUUAAUAGGAGGCCAACUAUCUCUUUGGAAGAUGUCCUGCCUGCCAACGUUUUAUGGCCACGACUUCGUAAAGCAGAUGAGGUCCUUGGCCACCCGACACUCGGAGGUCCUGCGAAACAUGGACUUGCAAGCUUGCUGGUUGCUGGAAGGCAGCUGGGAUGA